CUGGAAGUUGUUUCUGUGAAGGGAAGGCACACAAAAUUUUAAGUCCACUUUCUGACGGAUACCUCAGUUCUGUCCGGAGAUCCAUACCAACCCCAAUUUGAAAGUGGCUACCGGCUGCAGAGGGCAGCCCCUCUUCCGGAACGAAGACCUCGCGGACAGUUUGUUUCCGGGGGGGUUGCCCGAGACUGGUGCCCUGUUGCGCCCCGCCCCUUGCACAGCCACGUCCUACCGGAGCCGCAGCGUUGGGCCGGAACGGGAAUCAUGGUAUUGCUUGGUUUGACUUCAAGCCAUUUAUGAGACAUUAAACCUGAAAAUGGAAAACAGAGUAAGAUUCUCCUUAGAAGCUCCGAGCUGUUGCUAAUGGCAAAAAGCAAACUUAAUCCAGAGUUACUUGUAGCUCCUCAGAGUCUUCUUAGUCUGGGCUGCCCUGACCAUGGAUACAGCAUCAGCCAAACAGGAUGGCCUCUGGGAGAACAAGUCCAGCAGUGAUGCUUCAUCUUGCCCUGAAGCCUCACUGGAGAUUGUGGGCUCUCUGGCCCGGCUGCCUGACCAACAGGAUACAGCUCAGGAUGCCAGUGUUGAGGUAAACAGAGUUUUUAAGGAAGAAGGAAGCCCAGAUAGAUCCAGCCAGGUGGCCAUCUGUCAGAAUGGGCAGAUCCCAGACCUUCAGUUGUCUCUUGAUCCCACAACAAGCCCAGUGGGACCUGAUGCCUCUACAGGUGUGGAUGGUUUCCAUGACAACCUAAGGAACUCUCAGGGAACUAGUGCUGAGGGCAGUGUUAGAAAAGAAGCUUUGCAGUCUCUCAGACUCAGUCUUCCCAUGCAAGAAACGCAACUGUGCUCCACUGCAUCUUCAUUGCCUUUGGAAAAGGAGGAGCAGGUUCGACUGCAAGCCCGGAAGCGCCUGGAAGAGCAGCUCAUGCAGUACCGAGUUAAGCGCCAUCGGGAAAGGUCCAGUCAACCUGCAACUAAAAUGAAACUUUUUAGUACACUUGAUCCUGAGCUCAUGUUAAAUCCAGAAAACUUGCCAAGGGCCAGUACUGUAGCUGUGACAAAAGAAUAUUCCUUCUUGCGUACAAGUGUUCCUCGAGGGCCCAAGGUAGGCAGCUUAGGGCUGCUGGCACAUUCUAAAGAAAAAAAGAACUCCAAGUCAAGCAAGAUUCGGUCUCUGGCUGACUAUAGAACUGAAGAUCCAAGUGACUCUGGUGGCCUUGGUUCUACUGCUGAUGCUGUUGGAAGUUCCCUGAAACAAAGUCGAAGUAGCACUUCGGUUGUGUCUGAGGUUAGCCCAUCAUCUGAGACUGAUAACCAUGUAGAGAGUGCCUCGCUGACUGGGGAUAGUGUGUCAGAGGCUGAUGGAAAUGAGAGUGACAGUUCCUCACACAGCAGCCUCUCUUUUCGAGGGGCCUGUGGUGUCCUGGGGAACGUGGGCAUGCCAGGAGCAGCUUACAUGGUUGAUGGCCAAGAGAUUUCUGCAGAGGCCCUGGGCCAGUUUCCUUCAAUUAAAGACGUACUACAGGCUGCAGCAGCCCAGCACCAAGAUCAGAACCAGGAAGCCAACGGGGAGGUGCGGAGCCGUAGAGACAGCAUCUGCAGCAGUGUGUCCAUGGAGAGCUCCUUGACUGAACCACAGGAUGAAUUGUUGCAGAUUCUUAAAGAUAAAAGGAGACUUGAAGGACAGGUGGAGGCUUUGUCAUUAGAAGCCAGUCAGGCACUUCAAGAGAAGGCUGAGCUACAGGCCCAGCUUGCUGCCCUGAGCACAAGGCUACAGGCACAGGUGGAACACAGCCACAGCAGCCAGCAGAAGCAAGACUCCCUUAGUUCUGAAGUGGACACUUUGAAGCAGUCUUGCUGGGAUCUAGAGCGGGCCAUGACUGACCUGCAGAGCAUGCUAGAAGCUAAAAAUGCCAGCCUGGCAUCCUCAAACAAUGACCUACAAGUGGCAGAGGAGCAGUAUCAGAGACUGAUGGCCAAAGUGGAGGACAUGCAGAGAAACAUCCUCAGCAAGGACAACACAGUGCAUGACCUGCGGCAGCAGAUGACAGCACUACAGAGCCAGCUCCAGCAAGUACAGCUGGAGCGCACAACACUGACAAGCAAACUACAAGCAUCACAGGCUGAAAUCACUUCUCUGCAGCAUGCCCGGCAGUGGUACCAACAGCAGCUUGCUUUGGCCCAGGAGGCCAGGGUCAGGCUGCAAGGAGAGAUGGCCCACAUCCAGGUUGGACAGAUGACCCAAGCGGGCCUUUUGGAGCACCUGAAGCUUGAGAAUGUGUCCCUAUCGCAUCAGCUGACAGAAACUCAGCAUAGAUCCAUCAAGGAAAAAGAGCGCAUAGCUGUUCAGCUCCAGAGCAUUGAGGCUGACAUGUUGGACCAGGAGGCAGCAUUUGUACAGAUUCGGGAGGCGAAGACAAUGGUGGAGGAAGACCUCCAAAGGAGGCUGGAAGAAUUUGAAGGUGAACGGGAGCAGUUACAGAAAGUGGCAGAUGCAGCAGCAUCCCUGGAACAAGAGUUGGAACAGGUGAAGUUGACAUUGUUCCAGCGAGAUCAGCAGCUUGCAGCACUUCAGCAGGAGCACCUAGAUGUGAUAAAGCAGCUUACAUCAACGCAGGAGGCUCUACAGGCCAAAGGGCAGUCUCUUGAUGACCUGCAUACACGUUACGAUGAGCUACAAGCAAGGCUAGAGGAGCUGCAGAGAGAGGCUGACUCCAGGGAGGAUGCAAUUCACUUCUUGCAGAAUGAGAAGAUUGUCUUGGAAGUGGCUCUGCAAUCAGCCAAGAGUGACAAGGAGGAACUUGACAGAGGAGCACGGCGUUUGGAAGAAGAUACUGAGGAGACAUCAGGACUUUUGGAACAACUGAGACAAGAUUUGGCUGUCAAGUCCAACCAGGUGGAGCACUUGCAGCAGGAGACAGCCACACUGAGAAAACAGAUGCAGAAAGUAAAGGAGCAGUUUCUUCAGCAAAAGGUGAUGGUAGAGGCAUACCGGCGAGAUGCAACUUCCAAAGACCAACUCAUCAAUGAACUGAAAGCCACCAAAAAACGGCUGGACUCUGAGAUGAAGGAACUGAGGCAGGAGCUAAUCAAGCUGCAGGGAGAGAAGAAGACUGUGGAAGUAGAACACUCACGGCUGCAGAAGGACAUGUCCCUGGUUCACCAGCAGAUGGCAGAGCUUGAGGGGCAUCUUCAGUCGGUGCAGAAAGAACGAGAUGAAAUGGAGAUUCACCUGCAGUCUUUGAAGUUUGACAAAGAGCAGAUGAUAGCCCUUACUGAGGCCAAUGAGACACUGAAGAAACAAGUAGAAGAGCUGCAACAAGAGGCCAAGAAGGCCAUCACAGAACAGAAGCAGAAGAUGAAGAGGCUGGGCUCAGAUCUGACCAGCGCCCAGAAGGAGAUGAAGACUAAGCACAAGGCUUAUGAGAAUGCUGUGAGCGUUCUCAGCCGUCGCCUGCAGGAAGCUCUGGCUUCUAAGGAGGCCACAGAUGCGGAGCUGAAUCAGCUCCGAGCUCAGAGCACAGGUGGCAGCAGUGACCCUGUCCUACAUGAGAAGAUUCGUGCUCUGGAGGUGGAACUGCAGAAUGUUGGCCAAAGCAAGAUACUACUGGAGAAGGAGUUACAGGAGGUGAUCACAAUGACUAGCCAGGAGCUGGAAGAGUCCCGGGAGAAGGUGCUGGAGCUAGAAGAUGAGCUUCAAGAAUCCAGAGGCUUCAGAAGGAAGAUAAAACGUCUUGAAGAGUCAAAUAAGAAACUAGCUCUGGAGUUAGAACAUGAGCGAGGGAAGCUCACCGGCCUUGGACAAUCUAAUGCAGCUCUGCGGGAGCACAACAGCAUUCUGGAGACUGCACUGGCCAAGAGGGAAGCUGACCUGGUACAGCUGAAUCUCCAGGUGCAGGCAGUUUUACAGCACAAAGAGGAGGAGGAUCGCCAGAUGAAGCAACUUGUCCAAGCCUUACAAGUCUCACUAGAGAAAGAAAAGAUGGAAGUGAACAGCCUAAAGGAACAGAUGGCUGCUGCCAGGAUAGAAGCUGGGCACAACCGCCGCCACUUUAAGGCAGCUUCUUUGGAGCUGAGUGAGGUGAAGAAAGAAUUGCAGGCCAAAGAACAGCUGGUACAGACACUGCAGGCUGAGGUGGAUGAGCUCCAGAUUCAGGAUGGAAAGCAUUCUCAAGAAAUAGCACAAUUCCAGACUGAGCUGGCAGAAGCUCGAACCCAGCUCCAGCUCCUACAGAAGAAGCUAGAUGAGCAGAUGAGCCAGCAACCAACCGGGAGCCAAGAGAUGGAAGAUCUCAAAUGGGAAUUGAAUCAGAAAGAACGAGAGAUUCAGUCCCUGAAGCAGCAGCUUGACUUGACAGAACAACAGGGCAAGAAAGAACUGGAGGGGACACAACAGACACUUCAGACUAUCAAGUCUGAGUUGGAAAUGGUACAGGAAGAUCUGUCUGAGACGCAGAAGGAUAAGUUUAUGCUUCAAGCCAAAGUGUCUGAACUGAAGAACAACAUGAAGACUCUGCUGCAGCAGAACCAACAGCUCAAGCUGGAUCUCCGCCGCGGCUCAGCCAAGAAGAAAGAGCCAAAAGGUGAGUCCAACUCCUCCAGUCCUGCAACACCCAUCAAGAUACCAGACUGCCCUGUUCCAGCCUCAUUGCUAGAGGAGCUGCUGAGGCCCCCACCGGCUGUGAGCAAGGAACCCCUCAAGAAUCUCAACAACUGUUUGCAGCAGCUCAAGCAGGAAAUGGACAGUCUACAGCGCCAGAUGGAGGAGCACACCAUCACUGUGCAUGAGUCCCUGUCCUCAUGGGCUCAGGUGGAAGCUGCCCCGGCAGAGCAUGCCCAUCCCCGGGGAGACACAAAACUACAUAAUCAAAACAGUGUUCCCAGAGAAGGGCUGGGCCAAUGAUCACCGUUGUCCUCAUCACACAAGUAUUUGUGACUGUUGAAGGAAUUCUCUUGUCAAUAUUAUUUAUUUGAUCAAAUGCUCUGGUGGCUUUUUUUUCCUUUUUUAA